UUUGCAUUUCCUGUUGCUGCAGGAGACUGCAGGUGGUCGUCAGGGCGACGACAGCGGGGGAGAGGCAAGAGAGAAUAAUCAAGAGAUAAGAAGAGACGGAAUCAGAAAGGGAAGGAAACCCAACAAAGGAAAUGCGAACGCGAUUCGGCGAAAAGACGAGGGAAAUGAAGGUCCCAAGAGGAAUCCUCCAAAGCGAGCAAAGGAAGAACCUAAAGAGGGAAAAGCACACAAUAAUGUGAAGCCGAAGGAACAGAACGAGAAAAUUAAAAACACCAAGAAUUCGCGGAAGAAAUCACAGAAAAGAAAUAAAAAACUAAGGAAAAACAAUGAUCCAAAACACAAAACGCACGAUAGUACCAAGAAGGACCCAACAAAGGAAAUAAGAAAAAGAAAGAAAGAACAAGAAAAAGAGAGAAGCGGAAAUGUUGGAAGGAAACCACGGAAGGAAGAAAAGAAAUCUCAAGGAAGAGGCAGCAAAGACAAACCGACCGUGAAUGGACGACCAAACACGAAUGUCAAAUUUGCAGAGAGAAAGAACGGAAAUGGCGAGGAAAGUGGCUCUAGAGCCAAGGACAAGAGUGACAAAAGGAAAUGCAGAAAAACACCCAGACGAUGCUCCAGAAAAGGAGGCGAGUGCGUCCCGGACGACUCCUGCUCCGUCGACCGGAUCGACGACGCCUGCAAAGGAGCCUCCUGUGUGUGCUGCCUAAACGGGUGCGCACCAAAGCGGAAAUGCGAUAACAUGCAGGGGAAAUGCAAAUCGAAAUGUGGUCGCAAAGAGAAAAAACUGAAAGGCGCUUGCGAAGGGGACGGCUGCGUGUGCUGCUACAAAAAAUGCAAGAAGAAGGAUAAAAAUUGUGAUGGUUUUUGUGUAAAGACCAAAAAGGAAUGCAAGGGCGGUAUAUUCACAGAAGGUGCCUGUAGUCGCGGGUGUUCUUGCUGUACACCCCAGUGCAAGCCGAAGCGCAAAUGCAAAGAUGGCUAUUGCGUUCUCAAGAAGAAGGACUGCACAGGCACCAUUUUGCCAAACGGCUGUAAAAAGAAGCCCAAGGGAAGGUGUUUCUGCUGCGUUCCAACCACGUCCACUACCACAACUACCACCGCCACUACCUCCACGACUGUAAAAACUACUACCACUACAGUAAAAGGAACUACCACUACACCAUCAGGAACUACCACUACACCAUCAGGAACUACCACUACACCAGCAGGAACUACCACUACACCAGCAGGAACUACCACUACACCAGCAGGAAAUACCACUACACCGGCAGGAAAUACCACAACACCGGCAGGAAAUACAACUACACCAGCAGGAAAUACAACUACACCAGCAGGAAAUACAACUACACCAGCAGGAAAUACCACAACACCGGCAGGAAAUACAACUACACCAGCAGGAAAUACAACUACACCAGCAGGAAAUACCACAACACCAGCAGGAAAUACAACUACACCGGCAGGAAAUACCACUACACCGGCAGGAAAUACCACUACACCAGCAGGAAAUACCACUACACCGGCAGGAAAUACAACUACACCGGCAGGAAAUACCACUACACCGGCAGGAAAUACAACUACACCGGCAGGAAAUACCACAACACCAGCAGGAAAUACAACUACACCGGCAGGAAAUACAACUACACCGGCAGGAAAUACCACAACACCGGCAGGAAAUACCACUACGCCAGCAGGAAAUACCACUACACCGGCAGGAAAUACCACUACACCGGCAGGAAAUACCACUACACCGGCAGGAAAUACCACUACACCAGCAGGAAAUACAACAAGCAACAGCAUCCUCCCUGCUUUGAAUGCACGAGUCGCAUCUCUUCUUGACCUCCAGAGAAGUAUUGUUAAUGUAUCAAAAGAGAUGCAGACGUCACUAGAUAUUGUUAACAAUAUCAGCACAACAGUCAAUACCAGGAGACAUCGGCGAAACGUCGGCAUCCUCACAGCCCUGACCUCGCUCCUGGUCCAAGUCGAAGAGGCCACAAACCGCAACGACUCAGCGAACCUGACGGCCCUCGCGCAGGCAAUAAAAAUCCAGAGAAGUGACCUGGAGACGCUCGCCGCUAAUGUCCGGACAAACUCCAGCCUUGCCACUGAAAUAAAGGGCAGCGUUGCGACUACAAUCCAGAAAUUCCAGACAACAACAGCUUUAUUAAGGGAGAAGGAUAACCAGAUAAAGAGCGAGGUUGAUAUUCUGCAGCAACAGAUUUCGCAGCAGGGAGGAUCCACGGUCCUCGUCUCAACAGCCAACAUUCCGCUUGUGACAACAGCCAUGACCACGUCCACAAUCUCUUCCACAAAUAUCACCGCCAACUCCACGACUACACCGGCAGGAAAUACAACUACACCGGCAGGAAAUACCACUACACCGGCAGGAAAUACCACUACACCAGCAGGAAAUACAACAAGCAACAGCAUCCUCCCUGCUUUGAAUGCACGAGUCGCAUCUCUUCUUGACCUCCAGAGAAGUAUUGUUAAUGUAUCAAAAGAGAUGCAGACGUCACUAGAUAUUGUUAACAAUAUCAGCACAACAGUCAAUACCAGGAGACAUCGGCGAAACGUCGGCAUCCUCACAGCCCUGACCUCGCUGCUGGUCCAAGUCGAAGAGGCCACAAACCGCAACGACUCAGCGAACCUGACGGCCCUCGCGCAGGCAAUAAAAAUCCAGAGAAGUGACCUGGAGACGCUCGCCGCUAAUGUCCGGACAAACUCCAGCCUUGCCACUGAAAUAAAGGGCAGCGUUGCGACUACAAUCCAGAAAUUCCAGACAACAACAGCUUUAUUAGGGGAGAAGGAUAACCAGAUAAAGAGCGAGGUUGAUAUUCUGCAACAACAGAUUUCGCAGCAGGGAGGAUCCACGGUCCUCGUCUCAACAGCCAACAUUCAGGUUGUGACAGCAG